AUGACAGGGAGUGGAUAUAGAGGGACCACCAUAGCUUUACGGGUUCUUCCUGGGUCAAUCCAUAACAAACUCGGGUUGGCAAUUCAAUCCCCAAAAAGUGACAUUGUAAGAAUUGAUCUAAAGGAGGCAUCAAGGGGAUCAGAUGAAUCAUCAGAAUGGAAGCCUAUGCAAAAAUUAUUGGGUGGUGUUUGGCAGUUCGUUUCCGGGUCGGCAUUACAAGCUCCAAUUUCGAUUCGAUUGAGGUCCAGUAACUCUAGUCGGACCAUGGUUGCGGACGCUGUGAUCCCGGGUGGGUGGCAACCCGGUUCAACUUAUCGAUCUUUGGCUACCUCUGAAUCUCAUUUGGUUUGA